CGAAAUGCCGAUACCCCAUGAAACGCAACGCAGGUGUCUAUAGCGUAAAAUUAUAGAGCAACACAUGAUUCACAAAUGAAUUUAUUUUAUUUGGAUUUUGUGAGUUUAUAACGUGCUAGUCCGCAAUAUAUCAUUCUUUGCGAACAUAAGAUUGCACGAUUAUUUAUUUAAGAAACUACAGUGACACGAUAAACAUUUUUUAUGCCGUAAAGUGUGCGUGUUUUAAUUAUGAGUUUUUGUAUACAUGAUUCAGACGUAGCUCUGUGUAACAACGAGUAUGUUAUUAUAUACAAUAUUGAUAAUGACACGAAACACACGAUUCGUUUGCCUGACUUGCAAACAAAAAGAAAGAUUGAUUCGCACAAUAAUGUAAAUAUCGAAACAUUCCACGCGAUAACGAAUGUGUCAUUUUCGAAUGACGGAAAAUAUUUCUUCGUCUGUACGAACCGCAAGCAAUUGUGUCUGUACGAAAGAAAAACUCGGAACCUUGUUUCGAAUAGAACGCUUGCAAGAGCUGCUAGCAAAGUGCAAUUUACUCGUAGUAAUGAUAUAGUUGUCGCUGAUAAAGCAGGAGAUGCUUACUUGUUUUUUAGCAAUAAAUCUGACGAUGAAGUUUUACUUUUGGGACACUUGUCGAUGUUACUCGAUGUAUUAAUUACAGAAGAUGAAAAAUAUAUUAUUACUACUGACAGGGAUGAAAAGAUUAGAGUGUCAAUGCUCCCAAAUUCAUAUAAUAUUUUAUCAUAUUGCUUAGGCCAUAAGAAAUUUGUAACAAACAUUUUGGAGCUACCUCAUGAUAAAACUGUUUUGGUAUCUUGUGGAGGAGAUGGUAUUUUUGUACUAUGGGAUUAUAAACUUGGAAAAGAAUUAUUGUCUGUUGACUUUACUAACAAAAUAUCUAAAAAUGAUAUUGAAAAGUUUAACCAACAACUUCAAGAUUAUCAUUUAGAUGAAUCUGUGGAAAUUUUACCUGUGAAACAUAUGAGACUCUCUAUGCUUGAUAGUCUAUCAUCUUUAGUUGUAAUGAGCUUUUAUAAUAAUUCGGUAUUAUUGGUUUACAUCAUUAGUGGCAACAAAAAAUCGAAAUUUAAAGCAACAUAUGUUCAAUCUAUAGUUAUGGAUAGAGAACCCUUGGAAUGCUAUCUCUACAAACAAAAUUUAUGGCUGUUAAAUGAGUUGGGGUUUAAAGUGUACGAAUUUAAACAGGGUAAUUUUAUACCUGGUCAUGAAAUUAAUUGUAAACUGAAUCGGUUAAAUAGUCUUUGGGAAACAUUGAGAAACGACUCAAUCAAGCAGAAUUUAUUUCCAAUUUUAUAUAAAAGAAAAUAUGACAAUGUACAAGAAUAUUUAGAAAGAAAAAGGACACGUCUCGCAAACAUCGCCGAAUAAUUUUUACUAU